AUGAAGGAAGGGUUAGUUUGCCAAGAGUCUUGCAAGGAUGCCAUAAAGGACGACAGCGAUGGCGACGAUGGUCCAAUGUUAUUCUGUUUGUUCGGAGAUCCCAAAAAUGUAGAGUUUUUAAAGCCAGAGAAGAAUACGCACCAGAGUGUUGAAAUGGACAGUAGUGAUGAUGAUUGUCAGAUUGUUUAUGAGGGUCCAAAGACUGGCAAAAUUGCAAUGGUGACAGCCAAGGCAUCUGGUCAUAAAGAAGAUGAAACAGACUAUUCACAGGUGCUCACGAAAGUUGCGCCUUUAUCAGCGCGUCCUUCUUAUCGUGUGCCCAAUCGCAUUUUUUGCGACGAGAUAAACGUUAAGCGCCAUGAUAAAAGCUCGCAGACUGAUAAGGAAUUGACUAAAAAGCAUAAGAAAAGGCGGCAACAUCAUCAGAACGCUGUUGCUGAAAAUAGACCGGCUUCUAAUGAACUUCGUGUGACGUUUUCGCAUCCGAUCAUGCACCCAUCGGAUGUCAGAUCGCUUAUAGCACAGCGUAAACAAGACCACCUCAUCGCUUUCAGUGAAUUUGAGCAAGAAAUUUGGGAAUAUUACAUUGAAAAUUUGCAGUUUCACAUCGGAUGUUUUGAUGAAUUUAUGCUGGCAUUUGAUGAGCCGUUGCCGCACCUUAAUCAAAAACUGCGAAUUCAUCGAUGCAACGGUAUGCUUUUUGCGAUCUGCUUUUUCUUGCAUUAUACCUAG